AUGUCAUCAUCAAUAUCACCUUCAACAAGUAAAUCACAAAAAACCAAAUUGAUUUCCAUGGCAAUCAAAACUCUACCACGGAAUUUUGCGCAAAAAAUCAGAAACAAAAAACAUCAACCUCCUUCACUCAUCACCGAUCCCUCACUAUCACCACCAGUAGUCAAUCAAUUGUCAUAUACUUCACCGCCACCUAAUGUAACUGUAAAACUUCAAAAUAAAAAAAAGAAAAGUCGACCUAAAAGUGGAAAUUUCACGCUUACUACACAGACUUUAACUAAUGUGCUGUUCCUUAGAUCACGUAACCGGUCCUCAUCUGCUUCUUCAGACCGCAAUAAUAAUAAUAAUACAAACACAAGAUCUUCAGUAACAUAUGAAAGUUUUCCAGAUCCAGAUCCAGAAGACUUCGUUAAUGUAUAUUCCUGGGAUUUACCGGACUCGAUAUCAGCAACUGAGGAUGCUGGAGGAGUAUUACAAAUGAUCGAGUAUGAUGGAAUGUUAAUUAAUGGAAUACGCGUUAACUAG